AUGAAGUCUUUUCUGAAUGCCUUGAAGAAAGAAGGUAAGCUGUUGUGGUUGAUUUGGAGGAUUUUUGUAAGGGCUUUGAUGGCUUUUAAUGUUUUGAGUGGUGAUUAAAAGUUUGUGUGGAAUACAGAAGCUGAGAGAAUGAGUUCUAUACUGUACAUCGUGUUAUGCCUUUUAAUUGAUAUGGUAGUUCUAUCUUGACAAAAAGCAGCAUGCAGUUUAAUAACGGUUCAUUAACUAAAGCAAUUGUUGAAUCACUAUUAGUUACUGUUGUAUAACUUGUUUUGUUUGUAUAAAUAUUGAUGGUUGCUUUCAUAACCACUUCUCAAGAGGAUGUUAACUAUUUUGGCCCACAGUUUUCAAAGAACAGCCUGGGAAAGUAAUAUCUGUUUACAGGAUAUACUGUAGAGCUCAACCUAGGUUGUUAGUACCUUAGGUUGAUUUGACGAAUAAUGAUCAAUGUCAACAACUCACAAUAUCUGACUCUACGAAGUAAACUAACUUUUUGCGACAGGUGAAUUGUAAAUUGUCUGACAGUUUUUGCAGAAGAGAUAGAGCUAUAUUGAACUGUCAUACAGACACACAGAGAACGCAUUUGUUAUGAUAUGUCACUUUAUUAAGCAGAUCCAAGCAUAUCACCAUAACUUUAUUAGCUUUGCCUCUUCCGUUGAUGAUAGGCCAUUCAGAUAUCACCGUUAUUGGGAGAGAGGUGAAGAGGGGGUGGGAUCUGUCUUGUUCAGGCAGUGGGGGGUUGGGCAUCUUACCUUUCCUCUCUUUGUGCCUCAUGGGCGUACACUUUAUUGUAUAUAUUUUCACAGAGUUUUGGAGGUUCACUGGCACUGCUUUACAUUGUGCAAUCAGGAUUUGAAUCUUCCUCAGGGGGAAUGCAUAGCCUUUUUGUCAAAUGUAUUUUGGAAAUGUUUUAAAUAGAUUACCCUUUUCCUAUGACAGUGUACUGUGAUUUUGGCUGUCUUCCCUCUCACAAAGUGGCCUAUCUUUGCUGGGUUAAAUCAUGUGGAUGCUGUAUAUAAGCCUCCUCUUCCUCCUGGUAUUUAGUAGGCAGCGGAGAAAUAAACAUCAUCAUUAAUCAUGCUUCAGCUGUGUGCACAGUGUGCUGCUUCAAACACAGGGGAAUUCUACCAAGGCUCCUAAUAUAGCUGGAGUUGAAUAGAGUCCUCUCCACAGCCAGCCUGUUCUGAGCCGGUGAGCCCAGCAAGUUUGGAGCUCUCCUUGCAUUUUCACUGAGCCUCAAGAUGCUUAAUGCCUCAAGGUUGUUAAUUGAAAAAUGAGUGUGUGUGUGUGUGUGUUGAGUAUUCUGCUAACUGACCUGCUUCUAUUUGAGUUUCAGAGGAACAAUGAAGAAUGUGACGUAAUACUCUACCAUGAUGAAACUUGGUCUAAUUUCCUGGUCAAUUUCUUCUCCUUUUCCCUUCUUCUCCCUCCCCCCUCCUCCUCCCCCCUUCAUUCCUUCCUUCCCUUUCCUUCUUCCAGUCCUUCCUUCCUCUCCCCUUCACCCCACCUCUCCCCUCCUCUCUCCUCUCUCUCUCUCUCUCUCUCUCUUCACUCCCUCCCCUCCUCCCUCCCUCCCUCCCUCCCUGCCUCUAGUGCCUUUCCGUGAGGCGUCGGCCCAACCCACCCGGCGCAAGCAGGCCCCACGGAGCACCCUCGCUGCACCACGGCCGGCGCUCUUGCGCUCCAACAGUGACAACAACCUGAACGUGAACAACCGGUCACCCCUGCCAUCCCCGAGCCACUCUCCCCUGCGUACCCUCUCCCCCCGUCGGCCACAGCAGCAGCAGAUGCCCAGCCCCAAUGGAACAGUCAGGACCAUGGGGAAGGGGGCUCCCCGCCCUCCCCGCUCGCCUUCUCUGGGGCGCCUGGGGGAGGAAGCACGGAGACAGACCUCUCAGCGACAGCCCAGGUCAGUCACCAACCAGGGUUUGAAUUAUACAUUGACUCUUGAGGGCUCCCAACUUCUUUUGCAGGUGCCCAAAGUUAAAUCGUGGAUUUAUUUAGGGGGGGGGGCCCAGCCCAUAAUGAUAUCUCAAUUCUUAUGGGUGGGCCCUGAUUUGUUAUGGGGCUGCCCAACCCUACUAGACCUCCUUUUAGUUAAACCAUGUCACCAACUUUAGGGUGCGACCGCUAUAGGGUGUAACUUUCCAAUUAGUGCCUUUGGUAGUUUACAGGACCUCUACAAACAGAGUGCGAAGGAUUUUGGCCCAGAAAAUCUGUCCCAAUGAGUCCCUUGUGUUCAUGACAGCUUGGGGAAUAGAGAUGGUAGAUGUGUCGCACUCACUGCAGGUCUGAUCAGUCUCUCUCAUGAGAGUGUGGAUGUUUGUUUAUGGAUGUGUGUGGAUGUUGGCCCCAAAAACAGUCCCUGGUGUUCACAGCAUCUUGGGGAGUAGAGAUUCUAGAUGUGCUCCACCGUCGGUCCAAUCCGUCUCUCUUAUGAAAGUGUGGAUGUUGGAGUGGAUGUUUGUGUUGUAGACAGGGGAGGGAAGGGUUUGUUGUGUUGGGAUGAGUGAGGCCCUGGUCAAAAGUAGUACACUAUAUAGGGAAUAGGGUGAGAGGAAUUACAGGCAGACAGAGGAGAGGCUUGGCAGGACAGCUGUCCCACUGCGCCUUGGUUUAUGUGCAUGGAUUCCCAAAGCCAAUCGGGAUAACUCUUCAUGAACAAUACCCCAGUCCUACUUCAGCAAACUGCUUUCUGUUGGUUUACCCCACACCACCCUCCUACUUCACAUCUGUCAUUGUCACCGUGAUAUACAACCAGAUUUGAGUAGAGAUCAUUUUUGGUCCAUGUUAAUAACCGUGUGUGUGUGUGUGUGUGAGUGAGUGAGUGAGUGAGUGAGUGAAUCUCUUCACCUAGCAGGGGGUCUAUGGAGAGCAGAGCAGGCUCAGUAAGUGGGCCAUGCCAAUUACUCACUGCUCACAUAAAGGGAAAAAGGAAAUGAAUCUAAAUUGAAUCUAAAAAUGACAUGUCACAUGAUAAGUGAUCCUAUGGAAAUGUGACCUUUUUCUCCCCUUUGCUAACCCGUGUUCAGCCCGUGUUCAGCCCGUGUUCAGCCCGUGUUCAGCCCGAGUUCAGCCCGUGUUCAGGAUGCAUAAUGAGUUGUUGUGAUUGCUCUCACUCGGCCUGCUCUCAGCCAGGUCAGCAGGCUUACUGGUGUAUGAAUACAUUAUACUGGCACCGUUACUGGAGUAGAGCAGUUAAAAUGGGACACCGUUAGUUCCUCCCUAGUUACAGGAGUGGUUGCUAUGGCCAUUACUGCCAUAUGGUGCAUAUGGGUUUUAGCAGCUAACUAGCCUACUCCACGGUGUGUUAGAUAAUAUCCUCAAACUGCAGACCAAAGCAAAGCGCUAACAGCUAUAGUGUAUUUCGGAUGUGAUCUGAUAAUUGCUGGUUGCUAUUACAGUACUGUUGUCUGUGUGGACAAAGACGAUUCAGAGGCCAAUAGAAAAUAAAUGAUUAUACUGUAUUUAGUUCUAAGGCGUAGACAGUGCUUGUGCUAAAUAACUUUUUAGGGUUAAAGCCUGCUAUUGUAGCUGUAUUAGGUAAUUCACCUACACUAUUGCUUUUGAUGUACUUGGUAGUAGACCCUCUCUCUAGGUUUACAUACUGUACUGUACCUAAAAGAACAGCAAUCAGACACAGUUCACACAUAUAGACCAUUCCUUCUAUUGUUUUUGCUUUUUUCAUCUUAGCAGACGCUUUUAUCCAGAGUGACUUACAGUAGUGAGCGCAUACAUUUUUCAUACUGGUCCUCUGUGGGAAUCGAACCCACAACCCUGGCGUUGCAAGUGCCGCGCUCUACCAACUGAGCCACGCGGGGCUUGUUUGGCUGUUAGUGUCCUUGAAAAGCUGAUAUAUCCUGACAUGAUACCUUUAAAGAAGCAAUUAUUUACCAAGACAGUGAGUGUUACAUGAACACUCAUCUGUUUUUGCCUCAGCAUAGCAGUAGAUCAAAAAUAGACACAUUGUGACAAUACUCAGACACAACCAUUGGCUGAUGCUGCUGUUAGAGGACCUAUUUCCUUCCUGUUCUUGUUUUGCAUAAAUACCUCAACCCACGACUGCCUCUUCCAAAUUUAACAUCCUUAUGUAAUCACUGUCUUUGGUUCAGGGUAUGAGGGGUGGGUUUGUGCACGGCCCCGUCCCAAAUGGCACCCUGUUCCCUACACAGUGCACUACUUUUGACCAGAAUAGGAUGCCAUUUGGAACAUAGCCGGGUGGGUUUGAGCAUGUCGCCAACCAGGGUUGGUUGCUGGUAAACAAGGACUUGCUCUUUGUAGUUUGUAGAGGCGGGUAGCUGGUAGCCAGGACUGUUCUCCAAAUGGCACCCUAUUCCCUACAUAGUGCACUACAUUUGACCAGAGCCCUAUGGGCCUUGGGUCAAAAAUUGUGCACUAUAUAGGGAUUGGAAUAGGGUGCCAUUUGGAAUCAGAUGAUGUCAUCAACAAGGGUUGAAGGAUAAAAAGGGUAAAAAGGGUAAAAAAGGACGUGCUCUUUUGUAGUUUGUACGGAUGGUUAUCUAGCUGGUAGCUGGUAGCUUGUGUCCUAUAAACCUCGCACUGGAUUAUUUAUACCAUCAGCAUUUUGUUAAAUGAUCUAUUAUUCAUCCCGUUCAUAAGUUUCUCUUACGUCUCAUACCUUCCAUAGCACAUUUUCACAGUACGAUACCCUUGUGUUGCAGCAAUGUUAGCCCCGCUUCCAUGCUUCCUAUUUGGGAGUACGGCAACGAGAGAGUGUCCCGUUACUAUUUAAUGACCGCCACAACCCUACACGAGACUAUAGCUAUGUAGACCCUAAUGUACCUAGACCUGUCUGUUAGCCUAACCUUAUCUCCAUAGUCUUUCCAUCAUGCAGCAAUCCGGUGCCAUUUUCAUAAUGGUUUUUCCACACAUUUUGGUUGCAUCACACUGCUAAGUUUGAUGCCAAGUAUUCUAGCAGAUCCCCCAGCCUCUCUUUUUUCACAGUAUUGUGUCGACCCCAACAAAACUGUGCUGGCUCCAGCACAUUUCCAGCAACUAUGGUGGAUGGGUAACCAAGCUAGCUCAAGACAGCUUGGCUCGGCUCGGCUCGGCACAGUAGUGUGUGUAGAGCCACUAUAGCAUCUGGAGGAUCUGAUGUGACAGCUUGACUGUUGAACAGGUAGUGAGCUGCUGUCAGUCACACUGAUCUGCCAUCUCCACACACACACACACUACCAUGGCUACUAAGUGUAAAGUCAUGACUAAAAGGUCAACAUUGGUUUGACUGCUGUCAUUUACAAAGGUCACAUUUAUAUGAUUUUGACCUACCAGUGAAUGGCAGUGACGUUAGGCCUAUGCAUUUAUAGGCUAUAAAGUGUGUAGCAUCUAUAGUAAGUCAAAAAAAAAUAUCAAUCUCAAAUUGUGUUGCUGUAGUUACACAAAAAAAGGUUAUGUAACGUGAAUGUCAGUAUUGUUGGUGAGACUCUAUAGUCCUUUACACACUGCAUUAUAUGUGAUGCCUGGGAGCGUAGAAUGCAGUGUGCGGACUCUGCAGUCUCUUUCCAACUUUUAUUGAUAAUUUGUUAUAGCCAGCACCUGCCAGACACAAUGGAUGUGUAUGUCAUGUUUUCCCUUAUAACGCUUCACACUCGCAGUCACUCUUAGAAAAAAAAGUUGUUAUGUAGAACCUAAAAGGGUUCUUCGGCUGUCACCGUAGGAGAACCCCUUUGAAUAACUAUUUUUGGUUCCAGGUAAAAGCUUUUUGGGUUCCAUGUAGAACCCUUUUCACACAGGGUUCUACAUGGAACCGAAAAGAGUUCUACAUGGAACCCAAAAGGGUUCUACCUGGAACCAAAAAGGGUUCUACCUGGAACCAAAAAGGGUGCUCCUAUGGAGACAGCUGAAAAACCCUUUUGGAACCCUUUUUUCUAAGAGUGUACCUACAGUAAAGGAGAGGAGGCUAUGCUAUGCUAGCCUAUCCAGUUGGCACGAGGGAUGCCUUUGGUGACUUAGACAGAAAUAGUGAUUCACAUAGUAUGCUAUCUAAUCUCGGUUAACCCAGAACUAAAAUCUUGCGGAAUUUGGUUGGAUGCUCGAUUAAACCAUUUAUGUUUACGCAGUCUGUACACAAGAUAUUAUAGGCUAUAGUCCCUACCUACAGUAAAGCAGAGGACGCUAUGUUAGGUACCUACAGUGAUGCUAUGCUAGGUAGUUAGCAUGAGGGAUGCCUUUGGUUGUGACUUUGACAGAGUCUCUAUAGAGUCUUAAUGAGGCAGCAGCCACUGAGGGCAUGUGGAGCUGGAACUCUCCUCUGGCCCACUUUCUCUCUCUCUCUAUGCCGCUCUGCUAGCCUCUUUCAGUGUGUGUGUCUCUCUGUGUGUGUGUAUGAAAAAGUAUGAAAGUAUGAAAAAUGUAUGCACUUACUAAAUGUAAGUCGCUCUGGAUAAGAGCGUCUGCUAAAUACUGUAUGCAAAAUGUAAAAUGUGUGUGUGUGUGUGUCAGUCACGCUGUCUACCUGGGCUAGCAGGGGGAGCAGCGAGGUGGGUAGGCUCUCAUCCCCCAAGCCGAGCACAGGAAGUGAACUUACCAGGACGUCACAUGUCACUGCUCUGCUGCUGCCUUGGUUGUCAGUCGUUUACAGUACACCAUCUCCAUCUGAGUACAGCAUGGCAUCUGUGGAGCUUCAAAAUGUGUUGUCAUUUUCGGUGUAGAUCUUGUUGUAUUACACUGUGUUCAUAUCAGUGACAUUGACAGAAUAUGACCCUUUUUAAGUCUAAACAAAGUCCACAAAGUAUUUUCUAUGCAAAUUAGCUUUGCUGUACAGGGCUCUUGUGCUAAAUACACAAGAUAAUCUCAAUUUGGGGCCCUUAACCUCAUAAUGUAGUGCAGAAGACAUUGUAAUGAUUCCAUCUACUUCCUCUUCCCCUGUGUCAUUUCUCUCUUAUAAAGCAGAUAAAGGUCAAGAGCUCUGUGGAUAACAGUUGUGAUUGGUUUCCCUGUUCUCCUCAUUGUGUUGUAGGAUAGAUGAUGUGUGUAGAGAGUAGGUCUGGACCACAGGCUGGGAUAGGAGUGGUAAUAAGCCCCUGUGGAGGAACACAGACACUGUACAGCAACUCCAAACAACCUAAUGGAUAGAGAGAGUGCGCUGCUUUAAUUAGCUAGAAGGAGCAUUCGUAUUAAACAGAGGAGAGCCUCGUCACUGCCUCAGGCUUCAUUAUAAAGCUAUGUCCAAGGGAUUGUAAACCUGUACGAGUGGAUCAUCAUAGUAAUUAUACUGUCCAAGCACUAUCCAAUAAUUUUAUAAAUUAUACUGGUGUUCUGGGAUUUGUAAACAUAUAGGCAGUAUUGGUAAAUAAAAAUGUAAUGUCUCCCAAUUGCUACAUAUUUCACUUCUCCAUGCUACCGAAUGUCAGACUUUUGAGUGGGAAAUGGAAAAUAUCAACAUCAAAUUGAAGAUCAACACGGAGUUAUUCCUUUCAUUAGUGUGGUUGAUGAUCCAGUUCCAGCUAUGACCUCAUAUUGUAGGCCACCAGUUUUACAGCAGUCCAACAGAGGGGGCCAUUGUACAACCUUUCAUUCCUGUCAGUGAAUAUCCUCAACUACUGUGAUGUGCUGCUCACUGAGUAGAGUAGAGUUCACUAAAUACUAGGAUGUGACGAACAUGGAAUUUUGAUGACGGUUAUUGGUCACCGUUAUAAUAAAAUAAAAAUAAUACAAUACAAAAUAAAUCAAAUAAUUCUCCCCUCCUCCGCUCCUGACUGGACUCAACCACACGUGACAUCUGUUUGAAUGCCCGGGCUUCUGUCUUCAGUCAGCUGUUAUAUGUAAACCAAGCUUUCUUUUACGUUUGUCGACUUGAAAAUGAAGUUGAUGAUAAUUUUUGUACAUUAUUAUUUUUAUUAUUAAAACGCAUAUGACAGUUAUUUUAUUUUCAUGACGGUCUUCAUCCAUAAUCGGCGAUUACACGGUUGUACAAUAAUCAUCACAGCCCUACUAAAAACAUACCCAUAUCAUUUCAUUGUUAUCUGAAAAGAUAUACCUUACAUGCACUUUUAUCACUUCCCUAUCCUCUACCCUGAAUAUCUCCACACUAUAAUGUUUCAAGGGGUCACAGGCUGGUAAAGUGUGCUUUAUACCAAAAGACUUUGCUCCAUUUAAUAAAAUCACUCUAUGUGACCGCAAAAAAAGUAUGUUUCUAUUUUUGUGACAACAGACUAACCUUCCCCUAACCUCAGUCUCUGUUCCUCUCCUCUCCCCCUCCAGCCCAAACAGGGGUCGGGAAGCUUUCUCUGGUGGCAUAGACAGCCAGGGGCCCAAGCGUAAGCUGUACAGUGCUGUGCCAGGGAAGCACUAUGUGGUGACCCAGUCCUAUCAACCACAGGCCGAAGGGGAGAUCCCCCUGUACAAGAAUGACAAGGUCAAAGGUAAACAUCCUGGUUUCUCUACGCUGUAUCCCAGAGCGAAGCAGUGUUUGAAUUGGGACACAUUUUCUACUGCUUGAGUACUGGGAGUUCUUAUAGUAUAAAUACAGUAUGAACACCGGGACUGUAAAAUUGUAAUUAGUUCCGGCACCUUUUUCAUUCCACUUUAAACACUGGGGGAAGAGAUAUUAGAGGCAACCACUCAGAAGGAUGUCAAUAAGAGGUCAAUCAGUAAUCUGCUAAGAUUUAGUAAAAUGUUUUUUCCAACUAAGUAAACAGUUAAAAGCAAGAUAUUUAUGCAAAAGACUGCAGUGCACAUUUUAUUUACUAUAGUUAUUUACUCUCACUUCUAAUCUAGUUAUUUCUAACUUCAGUAGUAGCUUUAUCUCUUAGGAAAAAUUACUAUUUCAUUUACGGAUGUGUUUUUCCUCAGUACUUAGAGUUUUAAUAUUCAACUGUGCCUUUUCAAAGGUUACAUAAUAUUUACCUGUCAAGCUGUCAUGUUGGGUAGGCUGGAGUGGCCACAGGCACAUUGGUGGAGUGGAGCUAGGGUCUUUUUAGAAUAAUAAUGACUAAUACAGUAAAUUCUUCUUUUACAUACUACUAUUUACAUUUUUCUUACACACUGUCAAUUUUUUUUCAUCCCUCUUUCCCCCACUCUCUCUUUCUCUCUUUUCUCGUCCCUCCCCCCCUCUAUCUCCCCCCUCCCAGUGCUCUCCAUAGGUGAAGGUGGUUUCUGGGAGGGCAGUGCCCGUGGUAACUUGGGGUGGUUCCCAGCAGAGUGUGUUGAGGAGAAUAUCCCUAACCAAGCCCAGGAGGAGAAACCA